UGGCCUAACGACGAUCGUUGGUGACGUCAGGCCGUAGCACCUGAAGCCUCCGCUUCGCUUUUGGAGAUACUUUUAGGUCUGUUGUAAAGCUUGUGGUGUAGCUGGACUUCUCGUGUGGUGGGUGUAGUGCGGUGUUUCUGGGUUCGUCGUUGGAUCAUCAGUCAUAUCUUAGACUAGUUACGCGGUAUGCGUCGUCGGCGUAAUCUCAGUUUUUUUAGAAUGUCGAGUUGACCUAGCCUCGAUCUACGGCGAAACCCAUCAAUGAAUGCAAGCGAGCGCGCUUAGUGGUAACAGCACGCGUGAUACACUCCUAUCGUGAUUGGUUCUGCGGGUCGCCACCAUGCUCCUUCGGCCAAGCUGCAGACGACCGUACCGAGUAGUCCUUCAGAGUCCCUUUCAGUAUCCGGAGAAUCUUCAACUCAGAGAAGCAAUAAGGUAGCAAUCGGAUUCCCGGUGGAUCCCUAGCAUCGAGCACGGUCGCCAUUCGCACAGCCAAUUCAUGUCUCCAGUAUCCCCUUUAUAAGCUCGAUCCGCGAGAUCGCACCAUUCGAGUUGUAGUAGUCGACAAGGCAGUGUUUUUCCCCCGGUGACUCGCCUCCCUGAUCGAGGGCCACCGAACGCACAGAGAUGCAAGGGUUUGUUCCAGCCUGCGGUGACGAGCCUAGAGGCUCGACGGCCGUGUUUGGGUCAUGCCUGGCGUCGAUCGGGGGGAAUUGGUGGCCACGCGUCGACGUCUCAAUCCCUGGGCUCAAAGCACGGAGAAACGGCGUCUGACAGCCACGAGGGAACGACACUUAGAGAUAGCAGCAGCAGCAUCAGCGGCAGCAGCAUCAGCGACAGCAGCAGCGGCAGCGGCAUGAACAGCGAUCGGGCUACAGCUAGACUGAAGCUCGAGGGAUCGGCUCCUACUGAAGCACCAGGUGGGACUGUGCCUUGGGGGGUCAUUGCAAGGCGAGUGGCGAUCCUUGUCGUUUCCGCCGCCGUGUGCCUGACAGCCGUUCUAGCCUGCGGCCAGUCCUAGCAGCAGAGUCAGCCUCGGCAUCGGCCUCGCCGAUCCUCCCAGCCUCGGCCGGAGCUCUGCUGCUGAAGGUGCUGAGGGAGCAGGGCGUGCUGCUGGCGGUGCUGCUGGGGCUGUCGGCGUUCUUCUCCAUGGCGGAAACCUCCAUCACCACGCUAUGGCCGUGGAAGGUGCGCGAGCUGGCAGAGCAGGAGAAGGAGGGCAGCGUGUUCCAGCUGCUGCGGAGGGACGUCACUCGCUUCCUCACCACCAUCCUCAUCGGCACCACGCUGGUGAACAUCUGGGCGACGGCCCUGGUCACAGACGCCGCUACAGCCCUCUUUGGGGAGGCAGGAGUCAGCGCCGCUACAGGCGUGAUGACGAUCCUCCUCCUCGUCUUCACUGAGAUCGCCCCCAAGUCCAUCGCAGUGCACAACGCCACCCAAGUCGUCCGUGUCGUGCUGCGCCCAGUGGCGUGGCUGUCAGUGGUGCUGUAUCCCGUGGGUCGCCUCUGCACCUAUGCCUCAACGGGCCUCUUCCGCCUGCUCGGGCUCAAGACCAGCGGGGAGCCGUUUGUGACGGAGGAGGAGCUAAAGCUCAUGCUGAGGGGGGCGGAGAUGAGCGGCGCUAUCGAGGAGGAGGAGCAGGACAUGAUCGAGAACGUGCUGGAGAUCAAGGACACGUAUGUGCGGGAGGUGAUGACUCCUCUGGUAGAUGUUGUUGCAGUCGACUCCACAGCCUCGCUCAUGGAGCUGCGCGCCCUGUGGGUGCGGCACCAGUACUCGCGCGUGCCCGUGUACGAGCGGCGCGUGGACAACAUAGUGGGCAUCGCGUAUGCCAUGGACAUGCUGGACUAUGUGGAGCAGCCGGAGCUGCUACAUCGCUUGAGUGUAGGCAGGAUUGCGCACCGGCCGGCAUACUUUGUCCCUGAUUCCAUGUCGGUGUGGAACCUUCUGAGAGAAUUCCGGAUCCGUAAAGUGCACAUGGCCAUCGUGCUCAAUGAAUACGGUGGCACCGUGGGGCUGGUGACGCUGGAGGAUGCGGUGGAGGAGAUAGUGGGGGAGAUAUUCGACGAGAACGACUCCAAGGAGGAGAUCCGCCGCAAGACAGGGUACAUCAUCCAGCGCGCGGAGGGCGUGUAUGACGUCGACGCCAACACCACUGUGGACGACCUCGCUGACAUUCUCCAAAUCGUGCUCCCUCCGCGCGCAUCCUUCUACGAGACGGUGUCUGGCUUUGUGUGCGAGGCGUUUGGGUACAUCCCCCGCACGGGCGACACCAAGAUCAUUCGGCUGCAGCGGAAGGAGAGCGAGGAGGAGGAGGAGGGCAAGGGUGCGGAGGAGGGGGGGGCAGGCGGGAAGGGCGGGAAGGGCCGGGAGAGGGACGGAGGAGACAAGGGGACGCGGAGGCAGCUGCUGCGAUUCCAGCUGGAGAUUUUGUCCGGUAAUGCAAGGAAGGUGGUGGCAGUUAGAUUCGAGGAGCUGAAAGAGACGGAAGGGGCCAGAGGGGGCGGCGUGAAGGGGAAGCUAGGGGCGGCGAAGGAGGAGGAGGAUAUAGAGAAGGAGACAGAGAGGAAGAGGGAGAAGGACAGGGAGAGAGCGUUGGUGGAGGAGUGGGAGAGUGAGAAGAGGAGGGAGGGGAGGAGGAAAGAGAGACUUAGUCAGGAGGUGCGGUCAAGAGCGUUGGUUGAGGUGGGGAAGGGGGAGGGAGAGGGGGAGAGCAAGUGUGACACAUGUGGUGAGAACGAGGUGCGCAAGGGAAGACUGGGGGGGAGGGGGGUGCUUCUGGAUAGUGAGAGUGAGGGGGAGGAUGGGGAGGUGCUGGUUGGGGGAGGGUGGCUGACGGCUGGGGAUGGGGAGGAUGGGGUGUACACUGAGGGUGUGUACACAGACAUAGACAUGGGGGAGAGGGAGAGUGAGAGGGAGAGGAAGAGUGAGAAAGGGAGUGAGUUGGUGCGUGCGUUUGAUGGUGAUGGGAGAGAGGGGUCUGUGGGAGAGGAGGAGGAGGAUUCAGAUGCAGAGGAGUCAGAAGGGGAAGGGGAAGGGACGAGGAAAGGGGAAUCGAGGGACGUCCUUGAGUUGCAAGGCACAGCGAAGUACCAGCCAGCCAGCAGCACGAGCAGCAGCAGCACGAGCAGCAGCAGCACGAGCAGCAGCAGCACGAGCAGCAGCAGCACGAGCAGCAGCAGCACGAGCAGCAGCAGCACGAGCAGCAGCAGCACGAGCAGCAGCAGCACGAGCAGCAGCAGCACGAGCAGCAGCAGCACGAGCAGCAGCAGCACGAGCAGCAGCAGCACGAGCAGCAGCAGCACGAGCAGCAGCAGCACGAGCAGCAGCAGCACGAGCCAGCAGCAGACAACAGCAGAAGAGGGCGAGGAGCCAGGGGCGCUUGUGAGAGAUACAGCAGGGGAUGGGAGUGGCAAGAGCACCAUGGGAAGCAUGGGGGGAGAUAGGGGCGCAGUGGUGGGGAGCAAGAAUGGCAGCAGCCUAGUGCGGGGGGAAGGAUGGAAGGAGGAGAGUGAAGAGUGGAGGGCGGAGGCUAACAAGUGGAGGGAGGAGGCGGUGGCAUGGCGGGAGGAAGAAGACUCGGACUACAGCUCAGGCUCGGACGGCCGCGUGGGGCUCGAGGGGGGAGUGGUUGGGCCGCGGGGCGUGGGGGCGGUGCAAGGUGUGGGGGGGACGCCGGGAGGAGGGGGGAGUGUGCGGGAGUUUGAGGGCGUGGCCAUGGCGCAGGAGCAGUAUGAGCGGUGGGAGGAGAAGGAGAAGCAGGUGGAGAGGAGGAGGCAGAGGAGGAGGAGGGAGAGGAGCGAGGCUCAGGCAGAGUUGAGGCGACAUGCGCUGGGCACAGGGGGUGGUGGAGGAGAUGCGGCCAGCCCCCUCUCCCUGCAUGCUGAACCGCUCAGACUCAGGCUCAGCCGACCAGAUGUGAUGUCAGAGAGCGAGAGGGAGUGAGGGGGAGUGAGGGGAGUGGGAAGGGAAAGGAGAGAGUGCCUGGCAAGUACUGGGAACAGGCAGCAGCAGCAGCAGCAGCCCUCUCUCCCUGCAUGAUGAACCGGCUCAGACUCUAGCUCAUCCAACCAGACGUGUGGUAAUGGGGAUUGAGAGGGGCUGAUGAAGAGCCAAGGAGUGUGGUAACCAUGUUGUAGCACAGUAUCAGCGGUGUUGAGCACGGGCCUUCCGAAUGCAGAAAGCUGUGUUUAAACAAAGAUACCAUAGUACAGAUACGAUAUUGUAGAAAAGGAAAUGGUGGUUGAACACCUUCCUAGAUAUAGUUGUAUUCCCAUAUUGAGGAAGGUGCGCAUAAGU